GUCGGCAGCCAUGCUUCAUCCGUACCAAUUGACCUCUCGAGCAUGCUCAACAAUCGUGCCUUUGCCAUGUCACCCGGUGACGCUGACUUUGACGGCAUACAUUCUGGCUACCCUGCUGAAUUCUUGCCUGAGAGCAACUUCACCUAUGCAGGUGUCAACUAUAUGUUCCCUCAGUACAAGCAAUCUGGCGACGACAAUGUACUUGCUCAAGGCCAGGUGAUUACGCCUCCUCAAGGACGUUACUCCAGUAUCUCCAUGCUCGUCGCUGCUGAGUCUGCAGUCGCUACAGGCUACGUUAAUGUUACGUACACCGACAACACAACUUCUUCAGGUCCGAUUCUUGUUGAUCCUUUCUGGUCGUGGUGAGUGGUAUUCAUCAACCCAUACUAGUAACAUGUAGUCUGAUCUGGCUAGGCCAUAUCCCUAUGGCGGUGACAUCAUCUUCCCAUACUACUUG